GGAAGCCAGCCUCACGUUUCCUAUUCUACACACUCCAAUACCGCAGCCAUGGAUGACCUCUAUGAUGAGUUCGGUAACUUCAUUGGUGAAGCAGAAGAAUCAGAAGAUGAUUCUCAACAUGGCAUUGAUGCGACCGCAUAUGUCUACGACCAGGAAUACCCCGAGGAAGAGGAGGCGCCAAAGGUUACAGGCCAGGAGUUAAUGGAAAUAGACGAAGAUGGGCCAUCCAAUGCAGUGAUACUACACGAAGACAAGCAAUACUACCCGACUGCGCAGCAGGUUUAUGGCGAAGAUGUCGAGACAAUGGUCCAGGAAGAGGAUGCGCAGCCGCUCACACAGCCAAUUAUUGCGCCCGUCGAGGUGAAGAAGUUUCUGCUUGAGGAGGCAGACCUACCACCAGUUCACUUCGACAGACCGUUCAUGGCAGACCUUAUGAACUUUCCCGACCAAGUACGAAACGUUGCUUUUGCUGGACAUUUGCACCACGGAAAGACAGCGUUGAUGGACAUGCUUGUUCUGGAGACUCACGACAUCGCCGAUAGGCUCGAGAACAGGGUGGGAAAAGCACGGGACGAGCAAUUACGAUAUAUGGAUACUUCUAUAAUGGAGCGAGACCGAGGGCUGUCUAUCAAGGCUGCGCCAAUGAGCUUGGUUCUCCAAAAUACCAAAGGCAAAUCGCAUCUCCUUAAUAUUAUAGAUACCCCUGGGCAUGUCAACUUUGUCGACGAGGUAGCAGCCUCCCUACGACUUGUCGAUGGUGUUGUCUUGGUGGUGGAUGUGGUUGAGGGUGUCCAGGUCAAUACCGAGCAGAUUAUCAAGUACGCCGUACUAGAGGGUCUGCCUCUUGUAUUGGUUGUGAAUAAGCUAGAUCGACUAAUCUUGGAGCUGAAGCUUCCCCCUACGGACGCCUACUUCAAGUUGAAGCAUGUUAUCGAAGAAGUUAAUACGGCCAUUGAGAACGCUUUACCGGGCCAGGGCGAAACAAGAAGACUGAGCCCUGAGAAAGGAAAUGUCCUGUUUGCCUGCAGUAGCAUGCAAUGGUGCUUCACUUUGCAAUCUUUUGCGAGGAUGUAUGCAGACACGUACCCAGGAAUUAGUGCUACGGAAUUUGCGCGCCGGUUAUGGGGCGAUGUAUUCUUCAACCCAACGAAGAGAUCUUUCACAAGGAAGGGCGUCGAGGAGCGUUCAAAGCGGUCGUUUGUUAACUUCAUUCUGGAGCCGAUUUACAAGCUCUAUUCACAUACUAUCAGUGAGAGCCCAGAGGAUCUCAAGGAAACACUGGCUACACUGAACAUACACUUGAAACCGUCACAAUACAAGGCGGACGCGAAAAUUUUAUUAAAUUUGGUCUGCGCGCAGUUCUUUGGGCCGGCAAAUGGCUUCGUCGAUAUGAUGGUUGAGCAUAUUCCAUCCCCAGUGGAGGGGGCACAAAAGAAGCUCCAGCAAUAUUACACGGGUCCGUUAGACACAAAGGUGGCAGAGUCAAUGGCAAAGUGCGACCAAGACGGUCCAUUAGUGGUCCAGAUCUCCAAGUUAUUCAACACCAGCGACGCUUCAGGCUUCAAUGCUUUUGGAAGAGUACUGAGUGGGACUGCUAAGCCUGGACAGCAGGUUCGGGUUCUUGGAGAGGGUUACUCGGUGCAUGACGAAGAAGACAUGGCGAUUGCCACUAUAUCUGACGUGUGGAUUGCUGAGACCAGGUACAAUAUUCCUACGGAUGGUAUUCCAGCGGGUAAUUGGUGCCUUUUGGGCGGGGUCGAUAAUUCGAUUGUGAAGUCCUCAACGUUAGUGCCACUCAAGCUUGAGGACGACGAAGAGGCGUACAUUUUCAAGCCAAUCAAGCAGCUUACAGAGUCUGUUUUCAAGGUCGCUGUUGAGCCAAUUAACCCGUCGGAGCUUCCAAAGAUGCUUGACGGAUUAAGGAAGAUCAAUAAAAGCUAUCCUCUGAUUACAACUAAAGUUGAAGAAUCAGGAGAGCAUGUCAUUCUUGGCACGGGAGAGCUUUAUAUGGAUUGCGUCUUGUACGAUCUCCGUCGUCUAUACGCUGAAAUGGAAAUCAAGGUUUCAGAUCCAGUCACGAGGUUCUGUGAGACUGUUGUUGAGACGUCGGCGAUCAAGUGCUACGCGCUAUCGCCAAACAAGAAAGUCAAAAUAACGAUGGUUGCAGAACCCCUUGAUUCAGGAAUCGCAGAGGACAUCGAGAGCGGGAAAGUCAGCAUCAGAGACCCAGUCAGGAAGACUGGUAAAUUCUUUGAGGAGAACUACGGUUGGGAUUUGUUAGCCUCGCGCAGCAUCUGGGCCUUCGGUCCGGAUGACAUCGGCCCCAAUAUCCUACAGGAUGAUACUCUUCCCUCUGAAGUUGACAAGAAAUUACUUGCCACUGUUCGUGAUAAUAUCCGUCAAGGCUUCAGCUGGGGUACCAGAGAAGGACCUCUAUGCGAAGAGCCGAUCCGCAACACGAAAUUUAAAAUAACCGAUGCAACUCUCGCUGCUUCACCAAUCUUCCGUGGUGGCGGUCAAAUAAUCCCUACUUCUCGCCGCGCUGUCUACUCUUCUUUCCUUAUGGCAUCGCCGCGCCUAAUGGAGCCCGUGUAUAGCGUAGCUAUGACGGGGCCUGCAGACUCUGUCUCGGCACUGUACACUGUUCUCGCAAGGCGACGUGGUCAUGUCCUUAGCGAUGGCCCAAUUGCCGGGACUCCACUCUACAGGUGCCAGGGUUUGAUACCUGUCAUUGACUCGUUUGGAUUCGAGACAGAUUUGAGGAUUCACACACAGGGUCAGGCGGCCGUGAGUCUUGUCUUUGAGCGCUGGAGUAUCGUACCCGGCGACCCACUGGAUAGGGAGGUGACGCUGCGACCCCUGGAGCCGGCGAGCGUGCAAGCAACGGCGCGAGACUUUGUGCUCAAGACAAGGAGGAGAAAGGGGCUGAGUGAGGAUGUUAGUGUGGCCAAAUUCCUCGAGCCGGAGCUAUUUUCCAGCUUGAGGGAGAGCGGGCUUUUGGACAGCUGAUCAGGCAGUUGGCUAUAAAAGGGAAAUCGGCGUUGCGAGCGGUCAUUAUAGGGCGUUGUGAGGCUGUAAUAUAUGGAUGUGGCGGACUUUAUUAUGAGUUCAUGUCCUCAAAUAUCAAAGCCAAAGGGGCUUGUUAUUGUAGCCAAGAUACAGAUGAAAUAAACUAAUACCAUUUCAUCAUUAUUUGCAUCUAAAUUCCUAAUAUUUGUGGAAACCAAAUCCUGGUGUUUGAUAUUCGAAUAUAUUAACACGAGCACCAGAACACAACGUGUUGCUUUUGGUAAUUAUCACCAUAACUAUCUUCAUCCGACUACUUAAAAUAGGAGAGCCAGCCGUUAUAACCAUUAACCACGUUUUGUUGUUGUCAGUCUGUGUCAGAUUGUAUAGACUUAGCUUGUAUAUUAAUUCUGACGUCGAUUCUCACAACAUGACAACCACGACGUGGAAACCCCAACUGGCUUGGCCGUAAUUAAUAUUAAACAAUUAUUCAAUUAGAAAUCGG